UUUUUUGACAAAAAAUUAAACAUUUUUCAAAUUUUUCUACUCAAACAAUGGCUACCAUUUUGAAUGAUAUACCAACGAAACGUUCUAAAUUAGAUGAUGAAUCGGAUGAAGAAACCAUGUUGAAAUUAGCGGCGGAAAAACGUCGUAAAGAAAAAGAACCACUAUCAUUGGAAGAGAUUAAGUCGAAAUUGGUGAAAGAAGAAGAAGCAAAAUCAAAACCUGUAUUCCUUACGAAAGAACAACGUGAACAGGAAGCAAUACGUCGACGACAGGAACAGAUUGCAGAAAAACGCCGUCAACAGGAUGAUGAACGUCGUCGACGGAUGCAAUUUAUGGAUGCCGCAAAAUCGACAUUUCGUUCCGAAAGAGAUAGGGAUCGUGACCGUGAUCGUGAUAGACGAAGAGAUAGAGACCUUGAUCGUCGCCGUGAUAAUCGUGAUCGAGAAAGAUCAGAUCGAACUACAGGCAGUGGACGUCAAGAUCGAGAUUAUCGUUCUGGCCGUGGUGGUGGUGGUGAUCACAAUGAAGAUGACGGUGGUGACGAUCGUCAACAAUUGGGUAAAUCAAAAGAAAAAGAAGAAGAAGUGAUCAAAGAACGAUAUCUCGGUAUUAUCAAAAAGAAACGACGAUCACGUAAAUUGAAUGAACGUAAAUUUGUCUUUGAUUGGGAUGCAACCGAAGAUACAUCAACUGAUUAUAAUCGUCUUUAUCAGGAUCGUCAUACAAUACAAUUUUUUGGCCGUGGUCAUCUUGGUGGUAUUGAUCCAAAAGAACAACGAAAAGAACAAUCAAAAUUUUAUGGGGAACUAUUGGAAAAACGCCGGUCAGAUGUGGAAAAACGACAGGAAGAGAAUCGUUUGAAAAAAGUUAAACGUCGCGAAGAGAAACAAUUAUGGGAUGAUCGUCAUUGGACACAGAAAUCAUUAUCAGAAAUGACUGAACGUGAUUGGCGUAUAUUCCGUGAAGAUUUCAAUAUAACAAUUAAAGGUGGCCGAAUACCGAAUCCUGUUCGUGGCUGGAAUGAAAUUCAAGGUCUACCAAAAUCAAUAUUGGAUAUUAUUGCAAAAUGUGGCUAUAAAGAACCGACACCGAUCCAAAGACAAGCCAUUCCGAUUGGUCUACAGAAUCGUGAUAUUAUCGGCGUAGCUGAAACUGGUUCUGGCAAAACAUUAGCAUUUCUUAUACCAUUAUUAGUAUGGAUAACAUCAUUGCCGAAAAUCACACGACAAGAAGAAAUUGAUCAAGGUCCAUACGCAAUCAUAUUGGCACCAACACGUGAAUUAGCGCAACAAAUUGAAGAGGAAACAAUGAAAUUUGCAACAGCAUUAGAAAUACGCACUGUAACCAUAAUUGGUGGUAUUUCACGUGAAGAUCAAGGUUUUCGUGUUCGAAUGGGUGUUGAAAUUGUUAUUGCAACACCCGGUCGUCUAAUCGAUGUUCUCGAAAAUAGAUAUCUAGUAUUGUCACGUUGUACGUAUAUUGUAUUGGAUGAAGCUGAUCGUAUGAUCGAUAUGGGUUUUGAAGCUGAUGUGCAAAAAAUUUUGGAUCAUAUGCCUGUUACAAAUCUAAAACCAGAUACAGAUGAUGCUGAAGAUGGUGAUAAAUUAAUGGCUAGAAUGGCCACUGGUAAUCGUUAUCGACAAACAGUAAUGUUUACCGCAACAAUGCCACCAGCAAUCGAACGUUUAGCUCGUUCCUAUUUACGUCGUCCAGCAACGGUUUAUAUUGGUUCCGUUGGUAAACCGACUGAACGUACUGAACAAAUUGUUUAUAUGGUCAGCGAAAAUGAAAAACGUCAUAAAUUGAUAAAAAUAUUACAAGCUGGUGUCGAACCGCCGGUAAUAGUAUUUGUAAAUCAGAAAAAAGGUGCUGAUGUUUUGGCGAAAAGUCUGGAAAAAAUGGGUUUCAAUGCCUGUACAUUACACGGUGGCAAAGGUCAAGAACAACGUGAAUAUGCAUUAGCAUCAUUGAAAAGCGGAUCAAAAGACAUUCUAGUUGCAACCGAUGUGGCUGGUCGUGGUAUCGACAUUCAGAAUGUUUCAUUAGUAAUCAAUUAUGAUAUGGCCAAAACAAUUGAAGAUUAUACACAUCGUAUUGGUCGUACAGGUCGUGCUGGUCGCCAUGGUAAAGCCAUCUCAUUAGUGACCAAAGAUGAUAAUAGCCUAUUUUAUGAUUUGAAACAAUUAUUAUUACAAAGUCCAGUAUCGACAUGUCCACCAGAAUUAAUGAAUCAUCCAGAUGCCCAACAUAAACCAGGUACAGUUGUACAAAAGAAAAAGGAAGUUCUUAUGUGAAUGGCAAAAACAAAAUUUGUCUAUUUUUUUAUAUUAUCAAUAAAAAAAA